GGCAUCACCAGCACCGCUGCCGCCGCCGAGCCCGCACCGGCCCGCUCCUCCUCCUUCUCCUCCUCGCCGGGGCAGCGCUGGGCUUCGCUCCUUUGUGCUUCGCCGCCCUCCCCGAUUUCUUUAAUUGCUCUCACUGGCGCGCCGCUGCUGCCUUCUUCCCGGAGGCGGUGGGGGUCUGCGAUUUGGCUGGUGCCCUCCGCAAAGCUGCAGCCACCGCUAAAGCAUUGGAUCCCUCAACGUACUGCGAGAGCCCGGUGUACAGCCCGGACCUGUGCCCCAACAUGAUCGCCGCGCAGGCCAAGCUGGUCUACCAGCUCAACAAAUACUACACGGAGCGCUGCCAGGCGCGCAAGGCGGCCAUCGCCAAGACCAUCCGGGAGGUGUGCAAGGUCGUGUCGGACGUGCUGAAGGAGGUGGAGGUGCAGGAGCCGCGCUUCAUCAGCUCCCUAAGCGAGAUCGACGCCCGCUACGAGGGGCUGGAGGUGAUCUCGCCCACCGAGUUCGAGGUGGUGCUCUACCUCAACCAGAUGGGCGUCUUCAACUUCGUGGACGACGGCUCCCUGCCGGGCUGCGCCGUGCUCAAGCUGAGCGACGGCCGCAAGCGCAGCAUGUCCCUCUGGGUGGAGUUCAUCACCGCCUCGGGCUACCUGUCCGCCCGCAAGAUCCGCUCCCGCUUCCAGACGCUGGUGGCUCAGGCCGUGGACAAGUGCAGCUACCGGGACGUGGUGAAGAUGAUCGCGGACACGAGCGAGGUGAAGCUCCGCAUCCGGGAGCGGUACGUGGUCCAGAUCACGCCCGCCUUCAAGUGCACCGGGAUCUGGCCGCGUAGCGCGGCGCAGUGGCCCAUGCCCCACAUCCCCUGGCCCGGUCCCAACCGGGUGGCGGAGGUGAAGGCGGAGGGCUUCAACCUGCUCUCCAAGGAGUGCUACUCGCUGACGGGCAAGCAGAGCUCGGCCGAGAGCGACGCGUGGGUGCUACAGUUCGGCGAGGCCGAGAACCGGCUGCUGAUGGGCGGCUGCCGGAACAAGUGCCUGUCGGUGCUGAAGACGCUGCGCGACCGGCACCUGGAGCUGCCCGGGCAGCCCCUCAACAACUACCACAUGAAGACGCUGCUGCUGUACGAGUGCGAGAAGCACCCGCGGGAGACCGACUGGGACGAGGCGUGCCUGGGCGACAGGCUGAACGGCAUCCUCCUGCAGCUCAUCUCCUGCCUGCAGUGCCGGCGCUGCCCCCACUACUUCCUGCCCAACCUAGACCUCUUUCAGGGCAAACCCCACUCGGCCCUGGAAAGCGCUGCCAAACAGACCUGGAGGCUAGCCAGAGAAAUCCUCACCAAUCCCAAAAGCCUCGACAAGCUAUAGGGUUAACACGCCCGCGCACAAAAACUCGCCCUCCGUAAACAACAACAGCGCCCAAAAAACUUUUUAUUUAACGCGAACGACGACAGAAAGAGGCGGCGAAAGACACGCGCCCCCGCCACCCCCCCACCCACCUGCAGUUCGGCCUUUAAAAACAUGCCGACGGUUUUCCCGGCAUAAACUCCCACCGCCUUGCACAGAAGAAGGGAAGAGCCUCUCUCCUCCUGUCCUCCAAUGUGAAUUUUUAAAAGGUCACAAAAAGAAGCGAUCGGACUUUUGCAACUUCAAAACGAAACCCAAAAGGUACAUUUUCCAAUCCAUGUAUAGUCCUUUUCUUAUGCCCUCUUGUUUGCCUGAAUGUUGUCACCAAGUGAAAAAAUUAUUUAACUAUAUGUACAAAUCUCCCUUUAAAAAAGUUUUACUGUUAAAUGUAUUUCGGUGCCAAGGUCAGAUUAUGUGCCCCACAACUGACUUGUUGCAAAUAGUAAUAAAAAUAUUACUUUAACUUUA